AUGUCGCUACUCUCAUUGCUCCUCGUCCUCGCCUAUCAAACUACAUCCACGCUUGCUCAUCCAGCACCCCAAUCCCAACCCCAACAAGAUGCAGGUACGAGCGCUUCGCUCGUCGCUCGAGGCAUCCCCUCCCAAGGCGUCGUCUGCGAAACAAAUAAUGAGCCCGCGCACAUCCUCUCUAUUGAAACAAUCGCCUCAAGAAUAGAAUUGGGUAUUGCCGGCUACGAGGAAUCCCUACUAGGAAUCCCCAGCCAAGGCGGUGGCUCUCCCGCCCAUUUCCAUCCCUCCGCGCAGCUCGGAUCCGACGCAAACGAAGACAUCUACACAGUCAUCCCGGCAGCCGGCUGCGACCUCUCCCAAGAUCUCCUAUUUUUGCCCAUCGCGUACCCUGGCGCCAACGCGGCUAACAACACAGUCCCGGAACCUACGGCGCCGAUGGGGAAACUCUCAACUGACAUUGUCGUGUUUGUGGUUCCGCAGGCAAAUGGGACCAAGACUGAGAGGGGAGGAUGGACGACGGAUUACUGUGCUGUGCUUACCAAUUCGGAUGUUGGUGAUGAGGGGAAGCUGUUGUGGGUUGAUGGGAAGAUAAACUUGGAUGCGAGCGGGUAUCAUCAGUGUAAUGAUAAUAACCAGCCGGAUGGGCAGGUGCAGGUACCGAGUACGGGGAGUGGGGUAGGCACAGGUACAAGUACAGGCGGAACAGGAUUGCCCGGUGCGGACACAGGAGAAGGUACGGUCGUUGGCGCAGGCAGGGGCGGGAAUCCGUGA